AUGCCGCGCCCCGCUCCCGCACCAGCUCCCCCUCAGCCAGCCGCGGUCCGCCGUGACCCGAACAAGCGCCUGUCGCUCAUGCUCUUUGGCACGGGCGGGUCCGCCGCCGUCCCCGACAUCGCCUGCACCACUGACCCGGCCCACGGCUGCAAGUGCUGCCUCGACACGGUCGCGCACCCGGACACGAGCCGCAACGGGCGCGGCAACACUGGUGCCAUCAUUCGCGUUCCGUUCGAGGGCGGCGACGAGAAGACCAUCCUCAUCGACGCGGGCAAGACGUUCCGCGAGAUGGCCCUCAAGUUCUUCCCGGCGCACGGCCUGCGCAAGAUCGACGCGUGCAUCCUCACUCACCAUCACGCCGACGCCGUCGACGGCCUCGACGACCUGCGCGCGGGGACGUACAAGAGCGCCAUCGAGAAGACGAUUAAAAUCUUCUGCACCAAGGUCACCUACCUCCAGAUCGCGUCGACCUUCCCCUACAUGGUGUCCAAGUCGGCCGGGUCUGGCGGCGGCGCCGUCCCCUCGUUCGAGUGGCACCUCAUGCCCGACGACGCGCCGUGGACCCUGUUUGGCGUCACCAUCACGCCGUUCCCGAUGCAUCACGGCAUCUGGUUCACGACGCCGCCGAGCCCGCUGUUGUGCCUCGGGUUCCUCGUCGACUCGAGCGUGCUCUACAUCUCGGACGCGAGGUGCGUCCGCCAUCUCUCUCUCUCUUUCCCUGCGAGCUCUCCCACGACAGGCGACUGA